UAAGCUUUACAAGGAGAUACAAAAUAUUAAUAUUUAUCAUGGAGUUCUUCAGUCGCUUAUUUCGCCGGGUAAAGCUAUAUUUGGCAAUGAUUCUUUUGCAGUUUGGCUCUGCAGGGAUGACCAUUAUUGCCAAGUUUGUUUUAAACCGGGGCAUGAGCCAUUACGUGCUGGUGGCCUACAGGAUGGCCGUUGCCACAGCUGUUAUGGCUCCUUUCGCCGUUGUUUUGGAAAGGCAAUCAAGGCCAAAAAUGACCUUCUCCAUCUUACUCAAGGCCAUGUUGCUGAGCUUGUUUGAAUGUUUUCUAUACAGCCCUUUGCUUGACCAGAACCUAUACUACAUUGGGAUGACAUAUACGGGUGCCUCUUUCGCAUCUUCUAUGAACAAUAUCCUUCCUGCUCUGGCAUUUGCAACGGCUUGGAUUUUUGGGUUCGAGAAGGUCAAUAUUAGGAGAUUUCAAAGCCAGGCAAAGAUAUUGGGAACCAUAGUGGUGGUUGGAGGAGUAAUGUUGAUGACUCUAAUCCAAGGACGCGAGCUCAAUCUGCCAUGGACGAAAGGAAGAUCAGACCACCCUUCUCAAUCUGCUAGUGCAACAAAUAAGCAAGAUCUCAUGAAGGGUUCUCUACUGAUCAUAGCAUCUUGUUUCUGCUGGUGUUGCUUCAUCAUUCUGCAAGCAAUUACACUAAGAUCAUAUCCUGCCCAGCUCUCCCUCACAACUUUGAUAUGCAGUUCGGGCAUGGUGGAAGCCGUCAUGGUGAGUUUGGCAUUUGAAAGGGGCAAUGCUGCAGUGUGGUCAGUACACUUGGAAGUCCAAUUACUAGCCAGUCUUUAUGCAGGAAUACUUUCUGGGGUCGCGUAUUAUAUAAUGGGAGUGGUAACCAAGGAAAAGGGUCCGGUUUUCCUCUCUGCUUUUAAUCCCCUGACCACGAUCGUUAUUACAAUUUUGGGCUCAUUUGUAUUAGCAGAGAAAAUAUAUUUAGGAAGGAUUAUUGGAGUAGUCAUUAUAUUCAUUGGCCUAUAUGUCCUUCUAUGGGGUAAAAGGAGGGAUCAACUUGCAUCUCAAUCAAACACAGGUUCGGCAGCACGAAGCGAACAACAAAUGAGCACACCUACACCUGGUGAAUGUUUGGGGACUUCCGAUCAUGCUGCCAUUACUGUUAGCAGCGUUGUUCGGACGGAUGAAACUGUUUGAAGGAACCAAAGAAUUUGAACCCCCACACCCCUUCCCCACCCACUUUUUUUUUUUCUCUCUCUCUUGGUACGUUCCAGUUCCAGGCAACAUAAAAUAUUAUCCCGAAAGAAUUCUAGAGCAUCAUCUUUUGCUGCAAGUAUAUAGCAUCAUCUGCCUGAGCUAGCUCUUUUGUGGUUGAUUUCUAAAAUAUGAGAACAUCAAUUCUCUUUUGCAACCUCGUUUCUGCUGUAAAAGUACC